UCCAGAAUGUGUCACAAUGAGCUUUGGGUUUGUUUGCUCCCAUUUCCCCCUGCUUCAUAUGCAUGGUAAGGAAACUGAAGCUCUGUUCAUCAUUUAACAAGCUAAACUUUGAUUUGCACUGUAUUUGGACACAGCAAUAAGGAUUCAAGCUCUUUCUUCUUACACGUGAAAGGGGAGUGGACAAGCCCAUAGCUCACGGCAGCAUGUUGUCAUAGCAGCACACCAUGUAUCUAGCGAGCUGUACUGUUGGAGCCUCUCUGGAAGAAGUAGCAGAGGAAGAGGAAGAGGAAGAUGAAGGUAGAUCAGCUGUUGAAGUUUCACCUCUGAAACCAAAGGAAGGAAUAUACCAAGUAGUGGGAACUCUUUCACAGGAGACUAGUACAAAACCAGAUUUUGCUGUGGAAGCAUAUGGAACAUCUUCUCGAGAAGAGCUGCUAGCUCGCCUGUUAGAGUGUGACAUUAUUAUUUAUAACAUCACUGAAGAUGUAAAACAGAUUGAGGAAGCAACCUGGGCAGCUACUGCAAUACAAGCGGAAUCAUCAAAGUUUGAGAAGCAGAAAGUGUUCAUUCUGCUUUCAACAAUAAUGACCUGGGCAAGAAGCAAACCUCUUGAUCCGGAAGAUCCAGAAAUACCUUUCACUGAAGAAGACUAUCGUCGAAGAAAACCCCAUCCUAAUUUUAUAGAACACACUAAUGCUGAAAAAACUAUUACCAAACUUGGCAAAAUCGCAAAAAGCAAAUUUAAUACAUAUGUUGUCGCUUCUGGUGUUCAGUAUGGAGCUGAAGAAAAACUUUUACACUACUUCUUUAAGUUAUCUUGGCUUGGUGAGACUCCGGCAAUACCAAUUUUUGGAGAUGGACGAAAUGCUAUUCCAACCAUUCACAUUGUUGACUUAGCAGCAGUGUUACAGAAUAUAGCAGAUCAUAGGCCAAGAACUCAUUACCUUAUUGCAGUGGACGAAUCAAUACAAACAUUUAGUGAAAUAGUGAAGUGCAUCAGCAGAAAUGUUGGUCCAGGAAAAACACAGAAGGUUCCAAGAGAAAAUGCUUUCCUAAACAAAGAUUUAACGCAAGAACAAUUGGAUGAAUUACUUGUGAACUUGCGAAUGGAAGCUGUAUAUUUGAAGGAGAAUUUCAACAUUAAGUGGGUUGCUCAAGCAGGAAUAGUGGAGCAUAUUGAUCAAGUAGUGAAGGAAUACAAGCAAAGUCGAGGCUUACUGCCCGUCAAGAUUUGUAUUCUUGGCCCUCCUGGGGUAGGAAAAACCUCCAUUGCAGAAGAACUGUGUAAACAUUACAAGGUGCACCAUAUUAAAAUAAAGGAUGUAAUUGCUAAAGCCAUAGAAAAUUUGGAGAAAAUUGUUGCUCCCAAAGAGAUAGUAGAGCCUGAAGUGGUGGAAGAGGAGGAAGAAGAGGAGGAAGAGGCAGAAGAAGAAGGGGAGAACAUAGAAGAAGCCCAGGAGUUAUUAGAUUCAAUUAAAGAAAACAUGGAGCAAAAUGCAGGUCGUCUGGAUGAUAGCUAUGUGGUUAGGUUCAUGAAAGAAAAGCUAAUGUCUAUGCCUUGUAAGAACCAAGGAUAUGUUUUGGAUGGGUUUCCAAAGACCUACGACUUGGCAAAGGAUCUUUUUAAUCUUGAAGACGAGGAGGAAGAGGAUGAUCUAAAAGGCAAAAUUCAUCACUAUGACAAAGUAAUAAUUUCUGACUAUGUAAUUUCCUUGAAUGCUUCGGAUGAAUUCCUGAAAAACCGAAUCAUGAAUCUCCCUGAAUCUGUUGUCGCUGGAACUCAUUAUGCUCAGGACCGGUACUUGAGAUCCCUGAAUCUUUUCAGGGAGUUAAACACAGAAGAUGAAACUGUUCUCAACUAUUUUGAUGAAAUAGAAAUACAUCCACAGUAUAUUGAUGUAUCAAAGUUUGAAGGUCUGGAGAACAGAGUUAUAGCGAAAGAAAUCAUCAAAACUAUUGGCGAGCCUCGAAAUUAUGGUUUGACAGAUGAAGAGCUGGAAGAAUUUGAACGAAAACAAGCUGAAGAACGCCUUGCAAGAGAAGCUAAAGAAAAGGCUGAUUUGGAACAAAAAGAAGCUGAGGAAAGGGCUCAGAAAUUGGCAAACUGGGAAGAAUGGAAUAAACGUUUGGAGGAAGUGAAGCGGCAGGAACAAGAGCUUCUGGAAGCUCAGUCCAUUCCGUUGAGAAACUACUUAAUGAAGCAUGUCAUGCCAACACUUAUGCAAGGCUUGAAUCACUGCUGCAUGGUUAGGCCAGAUGACCCUGUUGACUUUCUGGCAGAAUAUCUCUUCAGGAAUAAUCCUGAAUUUGACUAAGAAGUAUACAACCUCAUUGCACUAUCAGGUGUAGUUACAGAUUAUUAUGUUUCCUCUUUAUCACUGUAAAAUAAUACUGGAAUAAAAAGUUUCAUGAUUGUUCAA